AUGGCGCCGUCGACGUCGACUGCAACGAUGACACAGGCCGCGCCGGCCAAACGAAGAAAGAUUGCCAACGGCCCUGCGGAAGAUGGAGGCCGUCGACAUCAACAACAACAGCGCCGGCACUACGACCAGAUCGACAAUGAGGAGGGAGGUGAGUUGGAGCUGGACCUGGAACGGGAGCUCGACAUCCUCAUUCGAUCGCCCGCGCUCUACGGCGCCGGGGGCUCGUUGUGUCUGCCGCUCGACCAGCAGCCCUUCUUCGUCGAUGUCAACACCAACACCAACGACCCUGAACUCUUCGCCUCUUCUUCUUCAUAUUCUUCUCCGUCUCUCUCGCCCACCAUCGACUCCUUCACCUACUCCUCUUCCUCAUCGUCUCCUUAUCUCUCGCCUUGCACGACGUCUUCGCCCGCGUCGCCCUCAUCUCACACGUCGACAAAACCAACGACAAUGUCGGUUUUCGUGCCACCGCCGAUGGCGGAGGAUACCGCCACGGUGACGCUCACCCACAAGCCCCGGGGCUCCCACGGCGCCUGGAGCCCGCUGAACGACGGCCAACGCAUCCGCGUGACGAAGGGCCGAGGCAAGCGACUGCGGAUCGUGGUCAAGUGCAGACAACGAUUCGAUUGGCCGGACGUGCGCUUGCGGCUGCUGGACCUCACCAAUGGCCCGGCCCUCGAGUGCGCCGACUUUUAUGUGUGCAACGAUCGAAGCACUCUCCAGGACGAAGAGGACGGUGGCUCUACGGCGGUCAUCGAGUUCCACGUGUCUCGAGUCCGUGCGCGCAUGCAAUUCGAGGUCACUCUGGAACGGCGGCCCACCGGCCACAGCUGCGGAAGCGCUCCGGGCGGACCCUGCUCGUGUGGAUGGACGUGGGAGGGCCGGACCGUGUCUUUUGUCACCCACAACAACGGCAAAGAUCGGCCUCCCCGCGGGAAACGCCUGCGCGAUUGA